CUGUCUUCUGGAUUGUCUAAAGAUAUUCACAAUUUUUUGAGAUAAUAUUAUAUAUUUUUAAUAACAAUAAAACAAUUACUAAUAUUAUGGCUUUGCCGUGGCAUAUACCAUUGGAAGCUUUACCUUCAUUCAAAGAGAAAGAGCGCGCUAUUGAAGCAUCUUUAAUAAAACAUUAUAGUAAAUUAAAUGUACACGAAAACCCAUGUGAAGAAUUGCAAACAGGUCUUCUUUGUGAAAUUGGUAUAAAUAAUAAAGAACCUGCGACUAUACAACGCCUCAUUGCAGCUGGAAUGACUGUUGCUCGUUUGAAUAUCCGUGAUUUGGAACCGGACGCAUGUACACAAUUGAUACAAAGUAUUAGACAAGCUGUAUAUAAUUACAGUGCUGAAUUAGAAUAUGUUUAUCCUUUGGCGCUUUUAGUAGAUGUGAGAGGUCCAGAUAUAAUCACUGGGGAACUUAAAGGUGGACCACAUACCACCAUUGAGCUAAAGGAGCAUAAUUUGAUAAGAUUGACCAUAGAUACCAGUUGGCGGGAAAGUGGCACUGUCGAUUGUUUAUUUGUUGGAUAUGACCACUUAACUGAAUUACAAACUGGAGACAUAAUAUUUAUAGAUUGUUUAACAUCAGGUAAAGUUAAGUUAAUAGUCAAUGAAAUUGGUGAUGAUUCUAUCGAAUGUACAAUUGCAACUGGUGGCGUAAUUGGAGCAAAAAUGGCAGUUCAUAUUUCAAAAGUUCCACAUGACGUAAAUACUAAAAAAAUAAACAAAAGUAUUGAAUCGCUAUCUUAUAGCGAAUCUUUAGAACAACCAUUCGAGCACAUGGAAGAGCAAAUAGCAUUUGCUAUAGCUUCGGAUAUUGAUGGCAUUUUAGUACCUAACACUCAAACACCGCAAGAUAUUCGAGUAGUUAAAGAUAUUUUAUCUGAAAAGGGCAAACAUAUUCUCGUUUUCGCUUGUAUUGAAACUGUUCUAGGAUUUGAUAAUGUAGAAAGUUUGUUAGUUGAAUCCGACGGCUUAUAUGUGGACAGAUGUGUUUUAAGCACUGAUUUACCAGUAGAAAAAAUAUUCAUUGCCCAAAAAUCUAUUUUGGCAAAAUGUAACUCUAUUGGAAAACCAUGCAUAUUUAAAGCUGUUUUGAAUGAACAGAUUCCUACACUCUGUGUAAACGAUAUCGCCAACAUCGUUUUGGACGGCGCUGACGUCUUAUCACUAGAACUGCACUACGAUUCGCCAUUGAAAAAGUUAGUACCGGGCUACGAUGCAGUAAAAAUGGCUGAGAAUUGUGUUGCUGCUGCUGCAGUUAUUUGUAGACACGCAGAAAGAAUUAUUUGGAGACCAAAAAUUUAUGGUGUAACGGAACUUAUGCAGAGUUCCUUUGAAGAGCCGACAAAAGCAAUUGGGGUGACCGCAGUUGAGCUUGCUACGCGUUCUAGAGCAGUUGUUAUAAUCUGUCUCACAAAUUCUGGACGAACUGCAAAAAUCCUUUCACAUGCCAAGCCCUCUUGUCCAAUUGUAGCAGUGACAAGAGCGUGUCACACAGCAAGACAAUUACGUUUUUGGAGAGGUGUUCGAGCUAUGCAUUACUUUGAGACCGCUAAAACUACUUGGUCAUUAGAAGUAGAUUCACGUAUUCAUGCUGCCCUUGAUUACUGUAAAGCAAAAAGAAUAUUGCGCGCCGGAGAUGCCUACGUAGUAGUGACAGGAUCGAGGCGCGGGGCAGGUUACUGUGAUACUAUAAGAUUGUUAUAUGCUAGUGCUCGAGAAACAGUUCCAGUAGAAUUCUGAUCGAUGGAUGGAAUGGAUUAUGAUUAUCAAUUUGUAUAAUUAUGAUUUCUAUUUUUAUAAUAUUAAUAAUAUUGUUGCUGUUCAUAAGUUCAAUUUAUUGUCAUUUGUAGGUUGCACUUUAUGCUAAAUCAUAUUGGUCUAGGAUAAGAUCUAAGGUAAUUAGAAGACCAGAAACUAGGUUAGAAGAAAAUAUUUUUUUAGUUUCCUCACUCUAACACAAACUGUAAGAGUCUGCUCAAACCUUUAGUGUAAGUAGCUACUUAUAAUUCUAAUAUUUUGCAUCCGUUAUCGUCAAAAGUAAAAUGAGGCAUAAAGUUGAUUUAAGGUAGGUAUUAUUAUUAUCGAAGUAUGUUUAUAUACAACAUUACAUGUCGUUUUAGGAUAAUUUGCAAAGAAAUAAGCUAAAAGAGGAAAAACAUAAUAACUACAACAUAAAAAAAGUUCAGUCGAUUAGGUUUACAAUGCUGUUGUAUUUUACAUAGUUGGCGAGGGAAAAAAGCAAGAAUAUGCACUUAUUAAAACAAAAAUAUCGACUGUCGAUAUCUAUAUUUUAAUAUCGAAGUAAAUCGAUAGUCCUAAAAAGUAUUAGGGUAAGUUCAGACGUUAGGCGCUUAACGCUUGCUAGAUUUUUGUAUAGUGUUACGCGCGCUUAUGACACGCGCUUGUCAGGCGAUAAACGCGUGUUGCCACAACCACCUUGCUUCUGUUCACUUGGACUUCGCUGUUCACUUGGACUUGGACUUCGCUUGGCUUCGCAUCAAAAGCUGUGAUUUUUUAACGACGGCAGAAACGACGCGACAGAAGACGAAGAUAUUGGGUCCACCCAAUUUUUCUUGUAACUACUUCAGGAUGUCCAUCAAGUCAUUUGAUGACUUACUUGCCCUCAUUUACGAUGAACUUAUAGAAGAUAAAAACGCUGUGCAAUAUAGCAUUUGACUGGAAAGAAAAACUCACAAUUACAUUUAG